AUUUCUAAUUUUACUUAGUUUGUUAUCUCUUUUUUUUUGUUUAGUGCUUAAAAUUGUUAAUAAUACACAGUUUUUCUCAUUAAUUAUAUCAUAUAAAAACGGGUCAAGUCUAUCAUCUCAAUAUACAUAGAGAAAGUGGAACGUGCACACACCAAUACCCAAAACCAGUCGCGAUAAUGAAAUAUGUCGAAUCGGAGUUAUGGAUGCACGUACAACAGAACCAAACGAAAGUAAAUAGUUGAUCGUGUGGUGUGAUUGUAUUAUUUUGAUAAAAUGGCGCAGACAGUACGGCGACCAAUUGCAGGGCGAUAUCCUUCGUGCUAUAUUCCUAGUAGAUUAAAAGAGAGACGUGCUAAGGCUAGAGCAUUGAGAUUAGAACAGAGGCGUAAGCCUGAGAAACCAGAGGACUUUGUUUGUUACUCAGAUAGUGAUAGUGAAGAAGAGACACCAACACAACAACACCGGAUUCUUUGCACAUCAUAUAACUUUGUAGACUAUGUUCGUUCUCGAGAAAUUCUUGCACCUGAGGAACGCUCGGUGGACCCGUCAUAUGGGACGCGACACAUGCUCACUCAUGAUCUGUUCCGUGAGACCCCAAUCAGCCUUGGAAACAUCAACAAAGUUUUCUGCUCACAAUGGCUUUCUGACAGGCAGAUCGUCUUUGGUACUAAGUGCAAUAAGUUAAUGGUAUAUGACGUCCGGUCCCGUGCACUGGAUUCUAUACCGACGCUUCGACCGCGCACACCAUGGCCCGGCGCCGACCACCAGACUGGCAUACAUGCGCUGCAGAUUAACCCUUCUAAAACAAUGCUCGCGACGGGAGCGCGGAACUCGUGCGAGCUGGCUAUCUACCGCCUGCCUACGCUGGACCCCGUCUGUGUCGGGGAAUCACAUAAAGACUGGAUACUAGACAUGUGCUGGCUGGAUGACGAGUUCCUGGUGACGGGGUCCCGUGACUCCACCCUGGCGCUGUGGCACGUGGCCGACGAGGCCGCACCCCCGCGUGCUACGCCCCAUCACGACCACAUAGCGCCCACCGCCACGCGGGACUGUCGCACCGGUCAGAAGGUUCGCGCGGUGACCUUCAACAAGAAGUGGCGGGAGAUCGCAGCGCUCACUCUCAACGGCUACAUCCACGUGUUCAGCGCGGAGACCUUCCGCCAGACGCUUUCCAGAAAGCUACCCUCGUGCCAGGACCUCGUGUGUCUCGCCACGCAGGAGAGCGGUCUGUACGCGAUCGGCUGCAAGUCGUACACACUGCUGUUGGACUGUCGCACGCUGCAGUCCGUCAAGAAGAUCACCUCUCGCUACAACGGCUGCGGGAUCCGCUCUGCCAGCUUCCGCGGAGACAUGCUCACCAUCGGCACGGGGCUCGGUCUACUGAUGUUCUACGACAUUCGAGCGGGCAAGUAUCUUGAGAGCAACAUCCAUUCGUCCAAGACGGUCACACUUCGAGCCUCCAGGGGCUAUGUGUUCCCAGACGAGGAGGCGGAGGGGUUCAACCAGGUGAAGUACGUGCCUGCCAUCUACACACACUGCUACGACGACAGCGGCACUCGCAUCUUCACCGCCGGCGGCCCACUGCCCGCGCCUCUCGUCGGAAACUACGCCGGCAUCUGGCAGUGACGGCCGUCACCCGUACGUCGGGGAAAUAAAUAGCAGGAAGAGAAAUGGCGCUCGAAACAAUACCAUUAAAAUAAUAUAACCCUGAUUCCUGCCGCCGAAUUCUACCUGUCCCUUGAGCAGGGUUUUGAAUAGUUACAUACAAUUUGAUUGGAGGGGACCCGGACGGUUCUAAUUAUACGAGUUCAUUCGGGUCAUUAUAUAAAAACAAAAUGGCGCUGAAAAAAGGGACGUGAAGUGAGGUACAAAUAAUUAUAAUAUUGACGUGGCAUAACGAAAAACAAUGGACUGUAUUCAAGCGAACACGGGGUGUUAGAAGUAAUCGAAUCCAAAUGUAGUAAAAAAUUUGUUAAAAUCGGAAUGUAUUUAAUUUGGUUUCUUGUGAACUUUUUUAUUUUAUUCAUUUUUUUUAUUCAUCGCGGGAUUGUCUUAUAAUUGGACUUAGUUUGUGAAAAACGUUCCAAUCCAUUUGUGGCUUGUGGAUGGUUGUAUCACCUAAGGAUUUUUUGUUUAAAGUAUAAUAAAUAUUAGUGCAUUCCAUACAUGUGGGUUGGGCUACUUAGUCAUGAUGUCAUUUAAAGACUGACAGUAGGGCUGCCAUUUUUUGUCAGUCCGUUAAUAUAAUAAUAAUAUUGACACACUUUUCACACAAAUUAUCUUGCCCCAAAUUAAGGAUAUAUAGCCUGUGUUAUGGGUUACAAGACAACGAUAUAUUUAAUACAAUAUACUUUCUUAUACAUAUAAAUCACGUGACCAGUUUUGUUCUUAACUCAAUUUCGACUUGAUUGUGGUUUGCAACGGUUUUCUGGAAUUACGUCAAAUUGCUCUCGACUGCAGUUGUCUUGUUAAGUGGUAUUCAAUGCCACUACUACCUACCUCGUAUACUCGGCUCGCUUUAUGGUGAGAAGCCGCGGCCUUUCCAAAUGUUAACAUUACUGUUCCAACUAGUAUAUAAAUUUAUAAGUACCCUCAUUAUUAAUAUGACCAGAUCAGUGAGAAAAAUGACGGACGUGUUUUAAUUGAUAAUUAUUAAGUGAGGCUGUGUGCAAUUUAAUAUAAGACGAGAACAUUUAUGAGGGCAAAUGAAUCCCCCUCUCACAUUUAGCAUGCACACAAACCGUGUGUGUCACUCUAUAACUCCAUUACAAAAGCGUUUAAGUUUAAUAUUACAUAUCGGGAGGUACAUUUGUAAUGUCAUCAAUAUCGGACGCCCUAUUGUAACAAUAAUUGUAGCGGUUGAUUAUUGUUAAUGAAACCGCCGUUAAAAUAAAGUGUAUGAGUAGAUAUUUUUAACCGACUUCAAAAAGGAGGAGGUUAUCAAUUCGAUCGGUAUAUUUUUUAUGUAUGUACACCGAUGACUCUAAGAUUAUGAUCCGAUUAACGUAAUUCUUUUGUUUGGUGCAAAAUAAGUACCAUUUGGACCCAUAAAAAUUUUACAUAGUUUGGCCCAGUAGUUUUCAUUUUAUGAACAGUUAUAUGGAAAAUUUCGUCUACGUGGAUGACAUAAUUGUUUUCUGUGUACUGCUUUUUUUGGAGUUUUAAUUCGGGUUGAUUAUAUAUUAUUGUUAACUGACACUAAAUCGUAAAAAAUAAAAUGUAAACUACGUUUAAAAAAACCGACUUCAAAAACUGAAAAGAGUCAAAUAACUAAAAAUUUAUUUAAUACACCUCUUAUGCAAACCUUUACCUUUAAUAUUAAUUAAAAUACUAUUAUUUGUAUGUGCUACAUGUUGAUAGCUUUGAAGUCGGUGCCAAGCCAAAUGUAAUAAAGGUACCUACACUCGCCACGCGUAACUUUGAGCGGCAUAGCUUCGUCUAGAACAAAACAACCCAAGCGGACAGACAUGCGUGGCGAGACAACCUAAAUAAUUACAGUAAGUAAACUGUUUAUAAUAGUAAGUUUUAUUUUGUUUCGAGCUUGGCACUGACUUAAAACCUAUCAAUAGGUAGUACAUAUAAAUAAUAGUAUUUUAUUAAUAUUAAAGGUAAAGGUUUGCAUAAGAGGUGUAUUAAAUUAAAUUUUUAGUUAUUUGAUUCUUUUCAGUUUUUGAAGUCGGUUUUUUUAAACGUAGUUUCGUAAAGAGGACAAAACAUUUCUCUAUAAUCGGUGUUAAUUCCUUGAAUACCGUAAAAUAUCAUGUGAGUAUUGAAAGGCACUGCUUGAUUCCAAUAUUCUGCGCGAACAUUGAGAUUGACUUCAAAUAUUUAUUGGAAGUAUCUUCAAGAUUAAUGAAGGUAUUGUGUUAUGGGAAAUGAUUUUGUUAAAUAAUCAGGUUUAACAAAUUUACACGUCGAAACCGUUUGUUAAUUUUAAUCGUUACAGCCAUAUCACAGAUACCUUGAAUUAGAUUUAAAUAUAUUUUAACGUAUAUUUUACAUAAUUUAAUUCACAGUACACUAGCAUUUGUAUGUUUUAUUAAACUUAAUAUAGCCUCAUUAGCCGCCAUCCCCCAUUUUACAUAUAUUUUGUAUCUAACCGGAGACUAUAAACAGAAGAAAAUCUACAAAAAAAAAUAUGCUACAAUAUACUAAGCGUAUAGAACAUCUCUAAUGACGAUACAAGAUGGAAAAGGAAUCUAUUGUUACUGUAUUACCGAUAUUGAUGUACAAGUCGUAAACAGUCAGCCACGACCUUGAUACUAGCACCUUAGUAUUUUGAAUAUUUAACAACUAGCAAAUGCACACAUUGACAUCGGGCUGUCAGGACGUCUAUAUGUUAGUAUAUUGUAACCCCCUUAUUCAUAAUAGUCUGCUAACUUAAAGCAUUGCUAAUUCACACUCUGUCUUCUUCUAUUGACCUAAGUCAGAAUGAGAAAAAACACUUCUUAGCGGCUGAUUAAAUUUAGCGGACCAUUAUGAAUAAGGGGGUAAGUCUUUGCCUAAGACUAACGUUAUAGCUUCGGUAUGACGAAACGAUAAACCUCAUUAUUAGGGGUUAAAGUAUGAAAUUGCCGAUUUGUACUGAAAAAUUUGAAUUCGUUUUUUUUUUUAAUGUAACAUAUUUAUUUAAUAAAAAUUAUUACUAUCAUUAUCUAUACAUUGCUGCCAUGUAAUAGAACUGUGGUGAUCUAGAUUCGACAAACUUUGUGAAAGCAUUUUUCCUGCCUCAUGAGAAGAAAACUUUAUUACGUAUAAAAUUGUGCAAAUCAUGAAAAAAAAUGGUAGUCCGUUGGAGCUAGGUCUGGCGAAUGGUUUCUAAUUGCAGUUCCUGUAGAGUUCAAACGGUUUCUCGUGCUGUGUGAGGUCUCGCGUUAUCAUGGAGCCAUAACGGUGAAGAUCGAUUCAUGAGUCAGGGCUGUUUCACUGCUAGUUUUGCUAUCGUUGUCCGGAGUUGGCACAGCAGACAUCUGCCGUUAUUGCUUGACCAUAUCGGAGAAAUCUAUAGUGAAUAACACCAUGCUGAGACCACCAAAGAGCUACCACUACCUUUUUUUUGGUAAGCUUUGCUUUAGGAUACUUGCGGCGUUUGAUCUGGGGUCAGCCAUCGCUUAAGAUUAUCAUAAAGAAAACAAGGCAACACAAGUUUUAAAACGCGUUUCUUUCUGCAGACCAGUCAAAUCAUGAGGCAUCCAUUUUUUGAUUUUAUUGAUAUUGCCGCAACAUGGUUUACCGCUUAUUCCUGGGUAGUUUGGAUCGGAUCGGUUUCGAUCAUGUCUUUCAAUUCAUCGUUAUUCACCUAUGUGGGCGGUCUGCCACGUGGUUCGUGCUUCAAAUCAAAGUUUCCACCACGAAAGCGUUUAAACCAAAAUCGCACGGUGCGUUCAUUAUCAGUCCCCUCUCCAAACGCAACAUUGAUAUUACACGUCGGAACUCGUAUUCAAAAAUCACUAGAAUUUUCGAAAUAUCCAUCUUUCUUGUCAAAGCU